ACCGUCACUGGUCACUGAAUGUUGUUUUGCAGGAUUGGGUGUAACACGGAAGAAGACGUUUUUGUCCCACACAGAGCUGCUUUUUGUAGACUAAAACAUGGAGGUGUGGAAGUUGUCAGUAAAUGUUUUUACAGUGUGCCUUAUGGUGGGGUGCAGUUUUAGUUCCCAGGACGUUUUUGAUGGUGUUUUGGGGGAUACCGUUUCCUGCCACAAAACAUGCCAGUUGACCUACACUCUGCAUACGUACCCCAGGGAAGAAGAGUUGUAUGCCUGCCAGAGAGGAUGUCGUCUUUUUUCAAUCUGCCAGUUUGUAAACGAAGGAGAAGACCUUAACCAAACUAAAAUUGAAUGUGAAUCAGCUUGUCAUGAAGCUUAUUCUCAAAGUGAAGAGCAAUAUGCUUGUAAUCUUGGAUGCCAGAACCAGCUUCCAUUUGCUGAACAAAGGCAAGAGCAGCUGUUGGCAAUGAUGCCUAGAAUUCAUCUCCUUUAUCCUCUUAUUCUUGUUCGAGGCCUCUGGAAUGAUGUUAUGAGCUCAGCCCAAAGCUUUAUUACCUCUUCUUGGACCUUUUACCUUCAGGCUGAUGAUGGGAAAAUAGUUGUAUUUCAGUCAGAACCACAGAUUCAGUUUAUGUCGCCAUUUAAGUCGCCAAAAGAAGAGCUUGAAACAUCCUUCAACAGAAAUUCAUAUCAACAGGAAUAUGAUACAGACUAUAAAGAACAACAAAAGAAUAUUUUACAAGCACAGGAAUUUUAUCUUGAAAAGAAUGGGGAGGAGGACCAUAACUUGUUUAAAUGUCUUUCAAGGAAUGCUUGGCUGCCUGGAUGGAUUCUGACUGCAACAUUAGUGCUGUCUGUUCUAGUCCUGAUGUGGAUUUGUUGUGCUACAGUAGCAACGGCUGUAGACCAGUAUGUGCCGCCUGAGAAAUUAAGUAUUUAUGGAGACUUGGAAUAUAUGAAGGAUCAAAAGUUGACCCCAUACCCACAUUCAUCGUUGGUUAUUAUAAGUUCAGCAGCUGAAGAAGCUGGGCCUUUGCCAUCUAAAGUUAAUCUAAGCAAGUCUGAAAUCUGAAGCUUGAGUUAGCACUGGUGUCUGCUAUUUGUUUUCUUAGGCAGAGUUUCUAAAGUGGGAUCCUUUUCCAAUAUUUAAGUCAAGAAAAAUAAAUGGAUGAUUUGCAAAACUGAUUCAGAUUAUCUUACAUUUUAUAAGCCUUAGAUUUUGAAGAGGUGUGUUAAUUGUUGGAAGGGUAAUGUUUUCAUGAACUUUUUGUGGCAUUAAACAACCUAAAAUGUACCACACAUUGUACUGGCAAAGGUGUAAUUUUUGAUAUGUCCUAAAUUUUCUAGUCUAGUGUCUUUUUUAAUUACAUUUGAUUUAACUAAAAUAAUGAUUUUGUGUGGGAUUUUUUGUUUGUUUCAGGAUAGCUUUAAAAGCUUAUACUUUUUUUUUCUGAACGCUGUAUAAACCUGUUAGUUUUCUAAGACCUCUAAAGUUUAACGUUAUUCAGUCCAGCUGUAUAUUUUCAUGUUCCUAGCAUGUGUUGUAAUUUCUGGCACAUUUUAUGUUUGUGUAUGUUGAAAGCCUUUAUUCUACUAUUUUUUUUUUUUGUCUUUAGGCUUAAUCCAUUAUUUAAGAGGUCCUCUACAAAGAAUGUCAAAUGUAUCUGCUUUCCAUAAAAUAUAAAUGCAGAGUUGUUAGAAGUUUCCCUUUUAUUUUGCACAACAUGAAUCACAAUAUGUAAAUGAAAUGUGUUCUGUUUAGCAGAAAAAAAAACUAUUUCUGGAAUUUAAAACCUCAAUAAAUCUCAGUUCUGAGUGUUA